ACCGGCCCUCGAGGCCUGGAGUUCGACGCCCCUGGUUUAGGAGUUUCAGCUCCUUAACAUGUGCCACCUGCUUUUUAAACGAACCAAAAGUAAUUGGACAAAUGUGGGUGAUUCCUUCGUUAUGUCAUUAUCAAUUAAGCAGAUAAAAGGCCUGGAGUUGAUUUGAGGUGCGGUGUUUGCAUUUGGAAGACAACAUGUGGUCAAAGGAGCUCUACAUGCAGGUGAAACAGGCCGUACUUAAACUGGAAACAGAAAAAACUCAUCUGAGAAAUUGCUACAAUAUUAGGAGUGGCAAAAUCUUCAGAUUGUACAUCCUGAGAAAGAAAGAAAGCACUGGUGAACUCAGCAACACAAAAAGACCUGGACGUCCACAGAAGACAGCAGUGGUGGAUGAUCACAGAAUCAUUUCCACGGUGAAGAGAAACCCCAUCACAACCAGGUGAACAACACUCUCCAGGAGAGGUAGCUGUAUCGAUGUCCAAGUCUAAAUGCAGAGGGUUCACUGCAAGGUGCAGGUCGACCAUAAGCCUCAAGAAUAGAAAGGCUAGACUGGACUUUGAUUAAACAAAAAGAACUGAAAAAGCCAGCACAGUUGUGGAAAAACAUCCUUUGGACAGAUGAAACCAAGAUCAACCAGAACGAUGGCAAGAAAACAGUAUGACGAAGGUGUGGAACAGCUCGUGAUCAAAAACAUACCACAUCAUCUGUAAAACACAGUGUGAUGGCUCGAGUGUGCAUGGCUGCCAGUGGCACUGGGACACUGGCGUCUAUUAAUGAUGUGACACAGGACAGAGGCAGCAGCGUGAACUCUGAGGUGUUCAGAGACAGCCUGUCUGCUCACAUCCAGCUAAAUGCAGUCAAACUGAAUGUUCCAUAGUUCAGAUGGACAAUGACCCAAAACAACCCAGUUUAUUAAAGCAAAACAGUGGGAUAUUCUUAAAUGGCCAAGUCAAUCACCUGAUCCUAACCCAGCUGAGCAUUUCACUUACUGAAGACUGAACCUGAGACAGAAAGGCCCACAAACAAACAGCAACUGAAAGCUGCUGCAGUGACGGCCUGGCAGCAUUAAACAGAAGGAAACCAUCAUGUGGUGAUGUCCACGAGUCCAGACUUCAGGCUGUCAGUGUCAGCAAAGAGCUUUCAACCAAGUAUUACAAGUGAACAUUUUACUUUCAGUUAUUUAAUUUGUCCUUUUGAGCCCCUGAAAUGAAGGGAUUGUGUUUUAAAAAAAGAUCCAGGUCGUUUCAUUUUUCUGCAAUCAUUUUGUUCAACCCACUGAAUUACAGCUGAAAGUCUGCACUUCAGCUGCAUCCAAGUUAAUUAAAAUGCAUUGUGGUGAAUUACAGAACCAAAAUCAGAAAAAGUUGUUACAGCUCCCUCCAAGUGUAAUAUGUAGGUGGCUCAGAACGUUUCUCCAUGUAAUGUACAGUAAAUACUUCUAUCCAUGACGGCAAUGUUAGAAAUGUUGCUCCUGUAACAACAUGCAAGAGAGAAGAUGUGAUGGACAGUUUCUUGGGUUGCUGCUGGAGGCACAUGGAGGUCAUUGGCUUCAGGACCUUUUCCUAUGCAACAUGACUAAUGUCCUUUAAAGGCUGUAUUUUAAUCCAAACAUUUUCCUAAAAUAAACCUGAACAUAAUGUAAUUUAUUAUAAGACUUUGUAUCAGAAAAGCCCCAAAUGUAAACUACUGGCUCUCUGUGCUGAUGUGAUCCGAGUAGUUUGUUUCGCUGCCUCUUAUUUGUCCUGCAGUUACACAAGCACAGUGCUUGUUCCCUUAAUGUUGUGGCUGUUUGUCCUGGAGUAGUUUCAAAGCAGACGCGUAUUGUUAAGUACUUAGAGGGACUGUUUUGUUUAAACCAGAGUAGAAACUUACUUGUGGAAGGUAAACUCUCUGUACACGUUGAAUUGUAUGUUCAGCUAUAGACACAUUAAAUACUUAAAGACACUUAAAUGCAAAUGUACCUGUAGAGCGUAGUGUCUUUAGUUGUCUGUAUUUUUACCAAAUCGUCACCGUAUUGGGAGAAAUGCGUGGUGUUCACAGAUCUGACAUUUUGGAAACAAAAAUGUUGUUUGGACUGUGAAUGUUUCACUGAGUCCAUUCUUCUGCAACAAUCUCAGCACCUCUGGCUUGUUAUUGGGAGACAGUAUCUAAUCAAAUUUUCAUUAGAAGGGUCACAUCUGAUUUAAAACGAUCAUGGCAUAGCCCCCUCCCCCCACGGACGUUACCGCAGUCUUCGUGUAAGGAUUCUCCGAGUGCCAUUUUCCCUGUUUUUGCUGCUAGAAGGCCAAAGUUGUGCUGUUGCACAUGUAAAUGACGUGUCAGUGAACUAACAUGCGUUGUUGAUGUAUUCAGUGUGAGCUGGAGUCGUGCUCAAAUACCGAGCCGUGCCGUUCCAGUUGGUGGUGGUGACUCGGGGCUAAUCCUCAGCGGCGCCACUUUAGAAAAACAGUCUCGCGGGCCAAUCUAGGCGAACCAGACAGUUCGUGGCUAGCGGUCCUGCUGUGAGAACCGCGGCGCGAUUGGCCGAGAGGUGCGUGCCCUGUGACACCUGACCGCCGAUUGGCUGCGGCGUGUCGAGACACUGACGCGCACGUCGUCUCCCAGCUAUUGUUAUUGUGGCGUGCACGAGAGGAAGGGGCAAGAUGCACGAGGAGACAGUGGGUCUGAUAAAGGGAUGAAACAACUGAGAAACAUCAAGCUAGCGCAGUAGAGCCUCUGAGAAACGCUGGCUUUCUCCACUACAGGAAUUCACAGAGAAAUCCCCCCCCGUGAACACAGCGAGACACUCAGAUCUAACAAAAAUCGCUAUAAACACAAACGGCAGCUCUGGGCAGCAGACACAGCACGCAGAGCUGUCGGAGUGCAACACUUGAGGCAAUUGUCGAAUAGCUCAGCGAUCGUUCUGUCCAAGUUCUUCUCUACUUUGGCUGAUGUGGAACGAUUCAGAGCUGGGCCAUCAUGAUGCCAGUGAACUUUCUGGUCACUCAUUGGUGGACCAACUUAACACCAGCACCAUCAUGUCAGUAAACCCACCAAGCAGCAACGAUGCCUGCCUCAGCAUCGUCCACAGCCUCAUGUGCCACCGGCAGGGCGGGGAGAACGAGGGCUUUGCUAAGCGCGCCAUCGAGAGUCUGGUGAAGAAGCUAAAGGAGAAGAAGGACGAGCUGGACUCUCUCAUCACUGCCGUCACCACCAAUGGUGUUCAUCCCAGCAAGUGUGUCACCAUCCAGAGGACUCUAGAUGGACGGCUGCAGGUGGCAGGCAGGAAAGGCUUCCCUCAUGUGAUUUACGCACGGCUGUGGCGCUGGCCUGACCUCCACAAGAAUGAACUAAAGCAUGUCAAAUUCUGCCAGUAUGCUUUUGACCUCAAGUAUGACAGCGUGUGUGUCAACCCCUACCAUUAUGAGAGGGUGGUGUCACCAGGCAUCGUUGGUCUCAGCCUUCAAAACACAGCUGCAUCGAGCGGACUAAUCAAAGAAGAAUACAUCCCUGAUUGUAUACAGAUGGACCUUCCGCCUGGUAUGCCUCUGUCUGACCACCAAGCAGCUCCAGACCACUAUAGUCCCCUUCUGCCCCCUUCUGAACCCCACGGCCCCCCACCUGUUACCAGAUACUCUAACCUGGCUGUGUCACCCAAAGUGCCUGCCUCUGGCUCCAUGCUGCCACUGCAGGGCAGUCAUGGUGAUGGCUGUCUCCAAACUCCAUCUCCACAGGCUCAAGUCAUUCAACAACGACCUCAAAGCCCACCCCAGGUUUCCUCUCAGCAGCAGGCUGCCCAGCAUCCCUCGCAGCACACCCACUCACAGCAGCCCCCUCUACCUCCCUCUCAUUUGAAUAGACAGAAUGGAUACAGCAGCAAUACGCAGUCUCAGACUCAGCCUUCAUUCCACACUGUUUGGACAGGCAGUAGCACGGCCUCCUACACUCCCAUUGGACCCCAGCAGGAAGGGCGCGGUCACCAACAGCCUCCUCUGCAUCUUCCAAACCAUCACUGGUCUCAGCAUCACAGCUCAACCUCUUUCCCUCCUUCAGGGUCCAGUCAUUCAGGACCAGAGUUUUGGUGCUCUGUCUCCUACUUUGAAAUGGAUGUUCAGGUGGGGGAGAUGUUCAAGGUGCCUUCCAGCUGCCCGGUAGUGACUGUGGAUGGUUAUGUUGACCCGUCAGGAGGUGAUCGCUUCUGCCUCGGCCAGCUGAGUAAUGUCCAUCGCACAGAUGCAAGUGAGAGAGCCAGGCUACACAUAGGCAAAGGUGUGCAGCUGGAGUGUCGUGGUGAGGGGGAUGUGUGGAUGCGCUGUAUGAGCGACCAUGCUGUGUUUGUACAGAGCUACUACCUCGAUCGGGAAGCGGGCCGGGCACCAGGUGAUGCUGUGCACAAGAUCUACCCUGGAGCCUACAUCAAGUUGUGUCUCGGUCAGGUAUUCGACCUACGGCAGUGCCACAGACAGAUGCAGCAGCAGGCAGCCACGGCUCAAGCUGCAGCUGCUGCACAGGCAGCUGCUGUCUCAGGAAACAUUCCUGGUCCAGGCAGCGUCGGAGGGAUUGCACCUGCAGUUAGUCUCUCUGCAGCAGCAGGCAUUGGCGUCGAUGACCUGAGGCGACUCUGUAUUUUGCGGCUCAGCUUCGUGAAAGGCUGGGGGCCAGACUACCCCCGUCAGAGCAUCAAACACACUCCCUGCUGGGUGGAGGUCCACCUGCACCGUGCCCUGCAGCUUCUGGAUGAGGUGUUGCACACUAUGCCACUGACUGACCCAGGGCCUGCGAACUGAGAACCCCCAGCAGUCUGGAGUCUUUGAAUGUGCACACACCAGACACACAUGGUUGCUUCUUUGUUUCUUCUUCAAAAGGAUUUCUCCAGCAAGUCAGUCAGAAACCAUCAACAACCAAUCAUGCUUGUAGCAAUCACUCAUGCUUUUUGAAACGCACAUACACACUGUAACCAAAAGGUCUGUCCAGACACAUAUAUGCUGAUGUCUUUGGGAUUUUCCUAAUGCUUUAGUCCUAAGAAUCUAAAGUCAAGGCAGGCGACAUUUGAACCCACCAGUAGAGAAAUCCAGGGAUUUGUUUCAGAUAUUCAAUUCUCCGAUAUGCAAGUUGGAUUUCUUCUUGCAGGAGUGUUCUGCACAUUCACUCAUGGAAUAUAAACAGAUGUUUAAAAAUCCAGUCUGGAGUCAAAAGCACCUCAGACAGGAAACUGCAUACCUCUGGAAAAUGCUGUCAGUGAAUCUACGCUGAGCACAUUACACUUCUCUUUACGUGUCAUUGACGUCAGAGCUGAUGUAGAGGUAUGGAUUAAGGAGACUGGUGUUAUUCCAUCUGCGUACUUGUACUCUGCUCUUCACUCUACGUUGGUUUAUAUUAUUACUAUAUUAUUUUUGUACCAAAAGACAAAAAAGCCCAAAACAUUUAGCUUUAACGCCGUGUUGUUGUACUUUGUAAUGAAACAGUGCUACUCUGUAUGUAACCAAAUGGUUGAUAUAACUCAUGAAAGCCAGAUUACCUCAUAAGUACAGUGCAGAGUCACAGCGUCAGGCUGAAGUCAGUCUGUGACUCGGUACCAAAACUAACAGGUCGGCCGAUCAGAUCCUGACGCCAACAUUUAGUUUCACAGCAGAGUGAACUCAUAAGACAGCAACUAACUUCUCACACGCAGAGACAGAAACCCAGACAGUGUUUGCAUGGUCAGACUCAGCAUCUAGCACCAGUCUGUACAUUUGACACCAGUGCCUUUCUGUCCUCUGAGUGACCGCAGCAGUUUACUUGAACUCUGACUGGUUGUGUGCACGAGUUCUGGUUGGGAAGCUGAUUUCAAUCAUCCUGCCCAGUCUGGGUCGUAGUCGAAGCCGUGACUACAGGCUGCAUUCGCCCAUUUACACAUAUAUUAUUAUCGCACUUUAUCACACCAGUGGAUCCGUCGGAGCAGUUUGGGGUUAAAUGUCUCGCCGAGGACACUUUGGCUCGUAGAUAAACCUGAAGCACUGACCCGACCCGUAGACAAUCUGCUCGACCUCCUGAGCCAUAAAGUGUAAAGAUCUCAUCAAUCAGAAGAUUGAAUAUUUAAAUGAAAUAAUUGAGCUCAGCUUGUAGUUAACUAUCAAAGAGAUAUAAUAAUAAUAAUAUAAUGGGCACAUCUGGACAUUGGCUGUCUCGUGUAAAACCCUGAUGCAUCAUUUCUCUUGUAAUCUUCAACAUGACUGCAUUUCAUGCAGGUGGAGGUGUGAUGGAUUUUUCCCUGAUUUCCCUUAAAUGUAUGGGAAACGUCACCUCGGUGAGGAGUGUCUGACUCUCACAUCAACAUGACUCGAGCACCCCAACAGUACAGCACACACCCAAAUACACCCUGUGCCUUUGUUUUCUGUCCUCCAAAACACGUGUUACAUAAAGAGUCUUGAAACCACACAGAUGUGUCGUUUAAAGGCAAAGUCAGCUCCCCACGUGUACUGUCUGUACGAGUGUAGCUGGAUCUGCCACAGAGUUCAAAUACACUGCACACAACACAGCCUCACAUACAAAGGCGCGUUUGUACCAUGUAGAGAUAAAUCUGCUUUCUUGUGACUUGACAAAAAGAAUUCUGGAGAAAACUGAACUAUAUUAUACGGGAAUGUUGUGUGUUGAUCUAAAUGUGAAUACAUGUACCAACCAGUCUGUGUAGAGAUGCUUGGACACUGUGGAAUCUGCCUGGUUCAGCUGCUUUACAGUGAUCAGCCAUUAACAUAUGAAUAUUUGUGAUGUGUGCCUUUUGUUGUAACAGUAGAUGCACCGACACUGGAUAUAAGAAAACACUAUAAAGAUCGAUGUUGCACAUUGUGAGUUGGUUUUUCAGCUGUUCGAAUCCUUCUGCGAUAUUCUGUGGCUCCCUCAGGUUUCAGCGAUGUGAAGACGGUGUGCGAGAGAACAGACAGAUGACUCUUUGUACCUGAGUAGUUAUUUAUUGCCUUAGUCUUUGGUGAGUAAAAUAUUUCAGAGUACGCUUAGCACUACUUCAUUUUAGCAAGAACGAUAUAAGCAUGUGAUACACGCUGGUUUUCCUCUGUUCACACAGGGUUGUGCAAACCAUCGCAUUUUUAUCAUGUUAUCCAGAUCUUUCUACAACCAGUCACUUUCAUGAUGUGUCUACCAAAGCACCUGUAGAUUGCUAUUGUCUCUUUAUUCAUCACUAUUAAACAUGUACUUGUACUUUUCCAUGUGAGCUGCAGGAUUUACAGUUGGUAUCGAUUAAAAAUAAAAAGAUAUUUCUAGGC